GGAAUCUGUUUAUGAAUACCAAAAACCACACCAUUUUCGAGCUAAAUAUGUCCGACGAUUAUGUCAUAAGAUCGCCGAAACGUGACUAUGAGAUACCGGACACGUCUGUCGGCGCUUUUGUGGCCAAAGUGUUGGCACAACUCGACUCCCAAACCAAAUGUAUUGUCAAUGCCAUCGAUGGCUCACAAUUGACGGUCAAAGGGUUGACAACGAAAUGCCAGUCCAUAGCCUGGGCGUUGAUUAAGCGAGGGAUCACUAAAUCGGAUACUAUAUUGACGUUCGCCGAGAAUAGCACUGAAUUAGCGGUCGUAAUGUUUGCCGCAAUGUUUUUAGGCGUAACCCUAUACCCAAUUACACCCAUCGCUAAUGUCUACGAAUUGGAUCAGUUGAUGGACACAUUGGGACCACUUUUCGUAUUCACAUCCACUGCCAAAUCGGCGGUCAUCGAGAAUAUCAUAAGAAAACGCACGAACGAGAGGCAAAUGGUUAGGUUUGUGUCCGUUUUGGACAAUAACCACAAUAUAUACGUGCCGUACGAGCGGCUACUGGACGAGGGCUCGGGUCACACGCUGGACGCCAUUCCCUACUUCGCCGUUAAGCCCAAGAAAGACAUCGCUAUUUUGAUGCAGAGCUCCGGCACGUCGGGUGUUCCCAAGUCGGUGAUGAUCUCGCAUAAAGCGUUUGUGGCGACCCUCACGUCGUUCAUCAAACCUAAUGACGACGGCGCCGGCAAAUCCGCGCCCGUCUCCUACCAAAUGACUCAAUUCAGUUGCAUGUCUGGCCUGACGGUGCUGUUCGGGUACGCCAUAAGCGGUGUCACUCAAGUGAUCGCCGACGAGACCGAUGACCAGUCGGUGCUAAAAGCGAUCGAAACAUUUCGCGUAAACUUCUUGGGAAUCGUUCCGGCGUUCGGACAUAAACUCAUUUGCGGACAGUUUGUCGAUACAUACGAUUUGUCUAGUCUUAAAGCACUGUUAGCUUCCGGCGCCUCAUUCCCGGCCAAUGUGGGCAAACAGAUAAUACAAAAAUAUAGAGUUCCCUUAUUAGAAGUGUACGGAAUGACAGAAUACGGAGCCCUUACAGCUCCGGAUUUGGGAACCGCUGAAUACAUACCGGGAUGUGUGGGUCGACCCGCGGAUAACACCCUUCUCAAAGUGAUCGACUGCAGCGGUAAGAGUGUGGGACCCGAUGUAGACGGAGAGAUUUGCGUGAAGGGACCCAAACUGUUCUCCGGGUAUCUCAACAACGUGUUGGCCACCAAUGAGGCUAUCGAUGACAAUGGGUGGCUCCGGACGGGCGACAUCGGACACUACGACCGACAGCAUCGCUUCUAUAUCACCGAUCGGGUCAAAGAACUCAUCAAAUUUGGUACGAAACAGGUGUCGCCCGCAGAGUUGGAACAGUUCUUAUUGACACACGAGUCGGUGGCUGAGGCGGUGGUGGUGGGCGUCCCCCAUAGGACACAGACUCAGUGGCCCCGGGCUUAUGUCAGGCUCAAGACAAACAAAGUGGUCGAUGAGGAGGAACUGAAAAGUUUUGUGUCAGACUCGUUAAGUGAUAGCAAACAACUCAGGGCUGGCGUCGUGUUCGUGGACCACAUCCGGAGGACAACUGUGGGUAAAGUCGAGCGAAGAUAUUACAGACAAUUAGUGGCCAAUGAGUUGAUUGAGGACUGAGGGCACGAACGACUGAUAACUAGUUUGCGAAAUAAAUUUUAUUCAAAACUUUUUUAAACCCUUUCCGUGUGUUUCAUGUCUGACCGCUAUCUACCAGUGCCUGC